CUGACGCGUGACACGGCUAUGUUCCUGAGCACAGUUAACCCCGACGAGCGCUAGGACCUGUGGGAUACUGCCCUAAGCCCUGCUGCCCAGCAUCAGGAGAAGCAUUUGCAGCGGAGGUGCACGCUAUUGUGGAUGAUGGCAGCGAACAGGGUCGGUAGACGCUACCAGAACAAGAUGCAUUCGCCCAACCGGGGGACCAGGGAACAGGGGCUCGGGGUGCAGAAGAGACAGGCCAGGGUGACGGUGAAAUACGACAGGAAGGAGCUGCAGAAACGCCUGGACGUGGAGAAGUGGAUCGACGACAGCUUGGAUGAGCUGUACCCGGGAAGGGAAUCAGAGAUGCCUGAAGAAGUGAAUAUCGAUGGCUUGUUAGAUCUGCAGAGCGACCAGGAGCGCGGACAGAAACUGCAGGAUAUCCUUCACUCGUGCAAUAACAAUACAGAGGCAUUUAUCAAGGAACUGAUCCUAAAACUUCACGGUCUCCAGAAACAGGAAGCUCUUCACAACAACGGAAUCGACCCCCACCACUAGGGGGCAGAGUUCCUCAAAAACUCCCCCCUUCAUCCCUGUACAUAGGCACAGACAGACUCUUUUCUGCAGUGUGCCGGAGCCAAAGUUGACCACAUGAUGCCAGUUCUGAUCCGUUACUGGCUGAAAGUAAAGCACGGCAUUCUGCUGAUCUAUUUGGAUAAUGUGUCACGUUGCGGGUCUAUAUUGCAAUGAUCUCAAAGUGCCGCAGUAUAUAGCUCUAUAAUAUAACUCUAUAGAAUUAUUCUGCCUGAGUGGUUUAUUAACCCUUUUUAAAUCAAUUAAAGAUUGAGGUUUUAUCGUGGUGGUAAUAAGGUUUGCCACAGUUUAGAUCAUUAAAAUAGAACCUGAAUGCACUAAACCACACAGUUUUAUUUAGCUGGCAGAUGUAUAAUGGCAACAAGGCCCUGUAUGCCAAAGCUGGUUGUGUCUUAUUACAAUUAGAUUAGGGGUGGGGCUAGCCCAAAGAGCCCCUCCCCCUUAAAAAAGUAUCACACCAAUUUUAAUCAUUUUUAACUAAAGAAAAUAUGAAAGUGUUUCAAUGCACCAAAGUGAGUUUAUAUAAAUAGUAUUGUUUUGGACACUUUUUUGUUUUUGU